AUGUGUUAUGAUACAAGUCUCAACAGUGAUGCUAGGCUAUCCCCUCCACACAAGCGGAAAAGAUUGGAAAAAGAUGCUGUCAUUGCGAUUCAUGAUGGAGAGUAUCAUGCUCGAGAAUUCCUAUUCAAAAAAGUACUUGCCAAGAGUGAUGUUGGUAGGUUAAGCAGGUUGAUCAUCCCGAAAAGGUUUGCGAUUCAGCACUUUCCCAGCAUUGAUGUCAAUGCACGUAUAGAAGAUUGUGUGUUUCACAUUGAUUUUUAUGAUGCUCGAAAAAAUCUAUGGACUUUCCACUAUUGCUUCUGGAAGUGUAGCCGGAGUUAUGUCUUCACAGGCGGCUGGAAUAAAUUUGUGAAGGCGUAUAAACUCCAGGCUGGUGACAACGUUCUGUUUUACAAGAAUUACAGUGGAGAUGAAAGCUUUUUUGGUAUUGAAGUUCGUUAUGCAGGUGCAAGAAACGUUGUUGGCUCCUUAGCAAAUAAUUUAUACAAUGGAGAAGAGUUGAUGAAUGAUGAUACUGUGAGGGUCAAGGAAGAACAUGAGGUGUCAGCAUCUCAACUCAAGGAAAAAGAUGUUAUGCUAUUUGGCGUUCGUAUAAAAAGAGCGUCCAAAGAUUUUCAAGGUGGAAGAAGCAACGACGUGAUUAAAGAAGAGGAGGAUUAUUCAGUACGCAGGGCCGACUGUUGGAGAGUGAAGGAAGAGGAAGAGGAAUUUGAAGGCCUGAAACUAGACCUUAACUUAUCACUCUGA